AUGGCGUGGCGUGGGGUGGGGGAGCGCAAGCCUUUCGAGCCAUCUCCCUCCCUCCAACAGGGCUUUGACCAGCUGAGGAUAGAGGGGCUGCUGUGCGACGUGACGCUGGUGGCGGGCGACGGAGACGAGGCCUUCCCCGUGCACAGAGCCAUGAUGGCCUCCUCCAGCGACUACUUCAAAGCCAUGUUUACAGGUGGGAUGAAGGAGCAGGAUUUGAUGUGUAUUAAGCUUCACGGUGUAAAUCGGAUAGGACUGAAGAAGAUCAUCGACUUCAUCUACACAGCCAAGCUCUCGCUCAACAUGGAGAACCUUCAGGACACUCUGGAGGCAGCCAGCUUCCUGCAGAUUCUCCCCGUGCUCGACUUCUGCAAGGUCUUUCUCAUCUCCGGGGUCUCAUUGGACAACUGUGUGGAGGUGGGCCGCAUCGCCAACACCUACAAUCUGACGGAGGUGGACAAGUACGUCAACAACUUCAUCCUGAAGAACUUCCCCUCGCUGCUGGCCACGGGCGAGUUCGUCAAGCUGCCCUUCGAGCGGCUGGCCUUCGUGCUGGCCAGCAACGCGCUGAAGCAGUGCGGCGAGCUGGAGCUGUUCAAGGCGGCGUGCCGCUGGCUGCGCUCCGAGGACGGGCGCAUGGAGCACGCCGCGCGGCUUAUGCGCAACAUCCGCUUCCCGCUCAUGAGCCCGAGCGAGCUCAUCAACCACGUGCAGACGGUGGACUUCAUGCGCACGGACAACACGUGCGUCAACCUGCUGCUGGAGGCCAGCAACUACCAGAUGAUGCCCUACAUGCAGCCGGUCAUGCAGUCGGAGCGCACGGCCAUCCGCUCGGACGCCGCGCACCUGGUGACGCUGGGCGGCGUGCUGCGGCAGCAGCUGGUGGUCAGCAAGGAGCUGCGGCUCUUCGACGAGAAGGCGCACGAGUGGAAGGCGCUGGCGCCCAUGGACGCACCGCGCUACCAGCACGGCAUCGCCGUCAUCGGCAACUUUCUGUAUGUGGUGGGCGGCCAGAGCAACUACGACACCAAGGGCAAGACGGCGGUGGACACGGUCUUCCGCUACGAUCCGCGCUACAACAAGUGGAUCCAGGUGGCGUGCCUCAACGAGAAGCGCACCUUCUUCCACCUGAGCGCGCUCAAGGGUUACCUGUACGCCGUGGGCGGGAGGAAUGCCGCUGGCGAGCUGGCCACUGUGGAAUGCUACAACCCCAGGACCAACGAGUGGACGUACGUGGCCAAGAUGAACGAGCCACACUACGGCCACGCAGGCACGGUCUACGGAGGACUCAUGUACAUUUCAGGCGGCAUCACCCAUGACACCUUUCAGAAGGAGCUAAUGUGCUUCGACCCGGACUCGGACAAGUGGACGCAGAAGGCGCCCAUGACCACGGUGCGCGGGCUCCACUGCAUGUGCACGGUGGCCGACCGGCUCUACGUGAUCGGCGGCAACCACUUCCGGGGCACGAGCGACUACGACGACGUGCUGACGUGCGAGUACUACAGCCCGUCGCUGGACAUGUGGACGCCCAUCGCCGCCAUGCUGCGCGGCCAGAGCGACGUGGGCGUGGCCGUCUUCGAGAACAAGAUCUACGUGGUGGGAGGCUACUCGUGGAACAACCGCUGCAUGGUGGAGAUCGUGCAGAAGUACGACCCGGAGAAGGACGAGUGGCACAAGGUGUUUGACCUGCCCGAGUCGUUGGGCGGCAUCCGGGCGUGCACGCUGACCGUCUACCCGCCCGAGGACCUGUCGGCCGGCUCACCCACGCGAGAAUCGCCGCUGUCAGCGCCUUGAGAAUGGAGAGGGGGGGAGGAUCAAGAGAGAGACUGAUAGACUGAUAGAGACAGAGUUAUAAACAGAGAGAGAGCGAGAGAGGUUCAUGAGAGAACAAACUGAAGGACAAUAUGGACGGACGGAUGGAUACGCAGCCUGGCCCCCCUCCUUUACCCCCCGUCACUCCAUCCCUCCUUCUCACCCCUUUGUCUGGAUAUUAAAAAUUGCCCCCCCCCCCCCCCCCAUCCUUGACACCCGUUACACUACACACACACACACACACAUACACACAUAUACACACACACACAUGCCUGCACAUACACUCCUGUAUACAUGAUUUGCACUUCCCUGUUGGACUGAUGAAGGCGCCUUCAGUGACACCCUUAAGGAUCAUGCCACUGCCCUGCUUCACCUUGAGCUGUGCAGAAAAUUACACCAUUUUCCCACCAUUCUAUUGCCCCAGAAACGAUGAGGAAAAAAAACGAAAUACUGAAGUUUUUCGGUUUGGCAACCUAAUUACAUGUUCAUGUUGCAUACUCCUUUUUUUCUUUCAUUUCUUCUCGGCAGCAAACACACACACACACACACACACACAGACACAGACACAGACACAACACACACACACACACACACAGACACAGACACAGACACAUAUAUACGGUCACACAUUGACUUGAAUGAAAACGAGUGACUUUGCAAUUCAACUUUUCUACCUGAUGUCUUUUGAAUUUAUUAUUAUUAUUAUUAUGUCAGAUGGAUUUUUUGUUUUUGUUUUGUUUUAUUUUAUGUUGGUCUGCGGCAGGUGAGGGGGCUGACCUCACAGGACAGGUCGAAGGUUAAAGGUGAAACUCAGAGGGUGGCCCGGCGCCCCGUCCCACACUCACCCUCUCAACCCACCCACCCCCCUCCCCCCAGUACCCUCUUUUUAUCAGUUCUUCUUCCUGCUCUUGAACUGUUCGAAAAAAUGGUGUUUUAUAAGUUUAAUAAAUGAGAUUUACUAAAAAAA